GUUUCUGACAUGUCCGCUAAGCGAGGAAGAGGAGCGGGCUUCCUCCCCUUAGAUGUGUCACCUCGGGAGGCAGAACCGAGUCACCGACUACCAGAGGUCGGAGCGUCGGUAAACCCAUGGCGUCCACGCUGGGCGUCCUCGACGGACAGGACCGCCGACCCUUCGUGUCGUGUUUGCUGGGCUUGUACGGUUGCCGGUGGCGACGCCGGCAGAGGAGCGGCGCCGGGCCGCCAGACUGCUGCUGCAGCAAGUGGGAAGGCGCUUACUUGGCCUUGCUGGUGGCGGCCUUCUGCCUCACCCUGAUUUUUCUCUACUUCUGGGUCCAAGCGAAGAACGACUACAAUGACUUUGAUUGGUUCAACUUCGGCAACAUGGGCUUCUGGUUCCCGUGGACUGUGGUGCUGCUGGUCAUCGCCGCCGUCUUCUUCUCCUACACGGCCAUGCUCAUGAUCUUGGCCAUCUGCUUGCUGUCCCACAGGCAAACACUGUGUUUACAUUGGCUGCACAAGAUGGGCGUGGCGGUGAGUCUGGCGUUCGCCGUGAUGGCGACCUCCGUCAUGAGCGAGCUUUGGGGUCAAGGAUGGAGCACGCUGCUGCUUUCUUUCCAGGUGACGGCGCCCUAUUUGCAUGUGGGCGGAGUCUUGGUGAUGACGACGCUGGCCUGGCCGGUAGCGCUACACUUCUUUUGCGUGGGCAGCACAGUAAGGCGGGGCCUAAUUUUGACCGUCUACCUGGUCUUCCUAUCGGUCGUCUACCUGGUGCCCCUGGGCUUGUACUCUCCAUGUAUUAGACCGGAAGGGACCCUGGGCCCCCCACCAGGCCUAAUUGCCCACAGAGGAGCCCCCAUGCUAGCUCCAGAAAACACACUAAUGGCGUUCGAGAAGGCGGUGGAGGCAGGAAGUGACGGCUUGGAGACGGACGUCACCAUCAGCUUUGACGGCGUUCCCUUCCUGAUGCACGACCGUACGUUGGAGCGAACCACUGACGUUCGCCAGGUUUUUCCCAACCGGACCGACACCUUGGCGGCCAUGUUUAUGUGGGCGGAGCUACAGAGUCUCAACGCCGGGGCCUGGUUCCUCUCCACCGAUCCCUUCAACACGGCGAGCUCGCUAGGAAAGGAGGAGCGUCUCCGGGCAGGAAACCAGUCCGUCUGCAGCCUGCUGGACUUCCUCCAGCUGGCGGCUCGCACUGACAAACUGGUGAUCUUUGACCUCUACCAGCCCCCAGAAGGACACCCGUACAGGAUGUCGUGGAUUCAGCGCACCCUGGACGUCAUCCACAAAGAGUCGUCCAUUCGGCCAUCACAGGUGCUGUGGUUGCCUCCAGAGCUGAGGUGUCAGGUGGUGGAUGUGUACUUGGAUCUCCAGCAGACAUCUGGCACAGAGCUCCCUCUAGAGGAGCUCCAGAGGAUGCGCAUUGUCAAGCUCAACCUGCACUACACCUCCAUGUCAGCUGAGAGCAUAAGCGCCUACACGGCCAUGAACAUCAGCACCAACCUGUACGUGAUCAGUGAGGCGUGGCUCUACUCGCUGGCCUGGUGCUCGGGGGUCCACUCGGUCACCACCAACAACCCCCAGCUUUUUCACGCCAUGAGACGCCCGCUCUUCCUCAUGACUCCUGAUGAAUACAAUGUGAUGUGGCUCAUCACUGAUGUGUUGUCACUGCUGCUCAUUGUCACCAUCUUUGCCUUUCAAAGGUGGCAAAAGCAAAGAGUGACUGGUGCUGGGAUGCUGGAUGAAGGCACGUACAGCCAGUUCAAAACAGGUCAGCGACGCUGCAAAAUUCAUAUUUUUCGCCACAAGGUGGCGCCCUUAACAUCUAAUAACUUCUCACAUUUUGACUACGAGUGUAACGGUAAUGUGUAAUAUAGUCAUCUGAGUUCAAGUACCUCGGAGUCUUGUUCACGAGUGAGGGAAGAGUGGAUCGUG